AUGGAGCCUGCAGUGGAGAAGUUUAGCCUGCCGACCACACUGCCGAAAAGGUUGGCCGAUUUGGGGGUCAAUAUUGCCGUCCAGCAAACAAGCGUCGUGCUCCAAUACUCGAUACACCUGUGCCCGCGGCAAAUGAAGCGCGAGCUGCGCCUGGUAUUCCCCAGUUUGUCUGGCAAGGAGAAUGACCUUCUGAUCAUUCCGACAUUUCAAAAGACAAAGUCGUCGAUGAUCAGCUAUGACGCAGAGACGCAGAUUGAGAAGGACGAAAAGCUGGAGCUUUUCUACCGCUGGGGCACAGAUUUGGUAGAACGCUUGCGUGAGAAAGGGUUUUGGGCGGACAUUACCGACCCAAUGUCGGGCGCGGCGCUGUUCAGCACAAGCGGGCCGUCGUUAUACCCCGACGUUGAAAGUGCCGAGAUACUUCUGCGCUACAGGCCAUUCAACCUCGGCAGCUGCUUCGUAAUGUCGCACCCAAACUGGGGCACUCACGUGUACCCGGCAACGGCCUUCACUCUGGCGCCAGCCGACGUUGUGGCCAGGGUGCUGGCCGAUAUGCAGGCUGGCCCGCCGCCAGCGAGGUAG